CAAUUGUGCCAAUAGGAAAGAAGCAAUCUCACCUUAUCCACACUCCCACCACAAACCAUUUUCACAUAGAUCAUUCACACCCACAAAUCCCUAUAUAUUUUGUAUAUAAAAUUUCUAUCACAUAAAAAAAAUUCCUAUCACAAUUUCACACAUCACCAAAAAUGGCCACCAUGAACUCAAGUGUAUUGGCAUGCAACUAUGCAGUCUCCGGUGGUCUUGCUUCACCAGAAUUCACCUCAAAGCCCUCCUCAGUUAGCUACAAGUUGCCGGUCAUCAAGGCCAAGCAGACCGUGAAAUCUGAAUCCAACGAGCAGUCGCAGCAGGGCCGAAGAGCGGCUCUGCUGUGCCUUGGGGCGGCGCUUUUCGCGACCGCCACCUCCUCCGCUAAUGCCGGAGUCAUUGAUGACUAUCUUGAGAAGUCCAAAGCUAACAAGGAACUAAAUGACAAAAAGAGGCUGGCUACAAGUGGAGCAAAUUUUGCAAGAGCAUACACGGUUCAAUUUGGAACAUGCACAUUCCCCUACAAUUUCACUGGCUGCCAAGAUCUUGCUAAGACAAAGAAAGUGCCAUUCAUAUCAGAUGAUCUAGAGUUGGAGUGCAAAGGAAAGGACAAAUUCAAGUGUGGUUCAAAUGUUUUCUGGAAAUGGUGAUGCAUGUAGUCAGUCAUUUGAGUCUUUUAUGUAAACCAUCUUUGUAAUCAUGUGUGGAAAACUUAACUAUUUCCUAUGUUUAUAUCACAUUCUCCUAUUCUUUUGA